AGCCUUCUUUCGUCUCUGUUACAAAACCCUAACUCUCCUCCACUGUCCGCGGCUUAAACUUACUUCGACGGCGAUUCUCCGUUUAUUGCCGCCGGAACUUGAUAAUGGAGCACAAACUAGCGACCGCUGAGAGAAGACUGCUGCAAAACCUGGUGAAGAUAGUUCAGAAGCGAGGUUUGCAGGGCGAGAAUGGCGGGUGGAAGGAAUUUCUCAAUGUUUAUGACAAAAAGUUUGGGUCGAGCUUAAGCGAUCCUUCGAAAAGGUCCAAGGAUGAUUUGGUAGCUUUUCUAAUGACCUUUAAGAAGAAAGAAGAUUUGCAGUUUAUCGCUUGGGUUCUGCAACGUGACGCAAACAAUGAUCUGAUAGAAAAGUUCAAGCAGGAAUCUCCAGAUAAAGAGACUCCUGAGCAGAGGCUUGUAAGAAUGACUCUAGAGCACCCGGAUUAUUCAUUUGACUAUGGCUUCCCGUCUCAUACUGAGGAUUGGCUUGUGACCAAGCUUGGAAAGAAGAAGUCAAAGGUGAUGAAAUGUACCAAAAUGAUAGCGGUCGAUUGUGAGAUGGUUCUUUGUGAAGAUGGUACUGAAGCUGUUGUGAGAGUUGGUGUUGUGGACCGUGAAUUAAACGUUAUACUUGAUAAAUUUGUGAACCCGAACAGACCAGUUACUGAUUAUAGGACUGAUAUUACUGGAGUCACUGCUGCAGAUAUUGAAAAAGCUACCUUAUCCGUGGUAGAUAUACAGAAAAAAAUGCGGAGGUUUCUCUCCAGGGAUACUAUCUUGGUAGGUCACAGUUUGAACAAUGAUCUGAAAGCGAUGAAGAUAGAUCAUGCGAGAGUAAUUGAUACUUCACUUAUAUUCAAGUUUUCCAAUGGAAAUAAGCGUAGAAGACCUUCUCUGAAUAAUCUGUGCAAGUCUGUAUUGGGUUGUGAAGUCCGGAAGGAUGGUGCUGCCCAUGAUUGUAUACAGGAUGCAGCUGCUGCGAUGAAGCUUGUUCUUGCAGUUAUAGAAAAAGGAGUGGACACGACGGUUUCGAUGACUAAAGAUAUGUUGGAAACUGAGAUGGCAAGGCUCUUUCUGCACAAAAUCCCUCAUAGUGUGCCCUCUGAAGAGUUGAGUGUGGUUAUUUCUGGGGAUUUUAUGCUUGAAGUUAAGCCAUCAAAGAAACCAGGAGGAUUCUACAGCGCAGUCGCUGUUUUCAAGAGUUCAAUAGAAGCUAACCAGGCAUUUGAAAACCUUGAAGGAGAUCUUGAAAAGGACUCGUCGGGUUUGCCGCAAAAGCUGGGUACCUUUAAACUAAAUUCUGGAUCAGAAGCCAGUUGGUAUGUCCGUAAAAUGAGCCAAGAUGAUUCCAAUGGAGAAAUCUCUGGCAAGAAGAGAAGUAACCAGGACGAGAACCUCACGGAUUGUAAGAAACAGAAGACAGAUGAGGAAGCAGAUGUUCACCAUUGUAACGGUGAUAAGUGUGCAAACGAGAAGACUAGGGAGGAGGAGCUCUUGAAGGAAAUCGAAGAGCUUAAGAAGAAACUGAAGCAGAAGGAUUUCCAAGUGGAGGCGCAGGAUAAGAUUAUUGUUAACCUCAAAAAGCAACUCGAGAAGAAGAAGAAGAAGAAGAAAGCUCUGUAACAUGAUAGAGUUACAUCUUAAUGUACCACCAGCAUUCCUUUCAUUUGAUAAAAUUGUUUCUGAUUUUUGGUAUUUGUUUCACUGGCCGUUUGACCUUUCCACGGCCCAGAAAAAUUUUACAAAUUUACAGAAUGUAUUAGAAUAUUGGCUUCCUACAUUUUACUUUGGAGAAAACAAAAAAUGAUUGAAAUC